AUCCCACGGACCUUGUUCAUGGUGCGACGGAUACUGGAGAGGCUUCGCCUCCCGAUCUGAGGUCGUCGGCUUGGUCUCGGAAGGAGAGCAAUGCGGCUAGCAUCACUAUUUCCAAACCUGAUAGAUACCAUCAGUACAAUGACCCUUGCGCUAAUUCAGUAGGAAUUAAAGAGAGCGCGCGCGCUCACCUUUUCGUCAAGCAGUUGUACUUGGGAUGUCCUGAUUCUUCCAGCCGGUUCCCUCGUCACAGCUAA